GGAAGUUCCCAGUUCAACACAAGGGAGAGCUCAGGACUGUCUGGGCAGCAUUGGCAAAGGCCGUACAACAUUUCCAGAAAAUGUAACAGCCUUCAUCUCUGAAAGAGAAGCAAUCUGUGAAGGAAGACUUGACACCUGGAAAAGAGAUCUGUCAUUUACUCCAUCCUUUAUAGUGAUGCUACAGGACAAAGAGGAAUGGAUAAAAACAUUGGUGAACAACUCAAUAAAGCAUAUGAAGCCUUCCGACAGGCAUGCAUGGAUAGAGAUACUGCAGUAAAAGAAUUACAGCAAAAGCAGACUGAGAACUAUGAGCAGAAAAUACGUGAGCAACAGGAACAGCUGUCACUUCAACAAACUAUUAUUGACAAGCUAAAAUCACAGUUACUUCUUGUACAUUCCAGUCGAGAUAGCGGUUAUGGCUGUGUUCCUCUGCUUGACGAUGGUGAAACCAAAGAAAAUCAUCUGACUCUUGACCAGCCACAUGAUAAAGUGAAAUCAGGAAUAUCAAAAGACAAGCAAUCAAAGGUCAGAAGACAAGACAUUUCUUCCCCUAGAAAAGAAACUUCAUCAAGGAGUCCUGGCAUUCCUUUAACCCAAGAAAGGGAUAAUUUAGAGAAGACUUUCUGGGACCUGAAAGAAGAAUUUCAUAGAAUAUGUGUGCUAGCAAAAGCACAGAAGGACCACUUAAGCAAACUUAAUAUACCAGACGUUGCAACUGAAACACAGUGCUCUGUGCCUAUACAGUGUACAGAUAAAACAGAAAAACAAGAAGCACUGUUUAAGCCUCAGGCUAAAGAUGAUAUAAAUAGAGGUGCAUCAUGUAUUACAUCUGUCACACCGAGAGGACUGGGUCGAGAUGAGGAAGACACCUCUUUUGAAUCACUUUCUAAAUUCAACGUCAAGUUUCCACCUAUGGACAGUGACUCUACCUUCUUACAUAGCACCACAGAAAGACCCAAUGUCCUUGGCCCUGCCUCAUCUGAGGCUGUGUGCCCGGAAAAAUUUAACAUGGAGCUCAGAGACAACCGAGGAAACAUUGUUAAAACAGAAGAAACUUUAUUUGAAAUUCAGGGACUUGAUCCUAUAGCUUCAGCUAUGCAAAACCUUAAAACAACUGACAAAUCAAAACCCUCAAAUCUUAUAAACAAUUGUAUCAGGACGACUCUGGAUAGAGCUUUGUGUUUGCCACCUGGAGACCAUAAUGCAUUAUAUGUAAAUACAUUCCCACUUCAGGACCCAUCUGAUGCACCUUUUCCUUCACUGGAUUCCCCAGGAAAAGCUAUCCGAGGACCACAGCAGCCGCUUUGGAACCCCUUUCCUAAUCAAGACAGUGACUUACUGGCACAAAAUGACACAGACUCAGAACUGCAUAUACCUCGAGUGUGUGAAUUCUGUCAAGCAGUUUUCCCACCAUCCAUUAUGUCCAGGGGGGAUUUCCUUCGGCAUCUUAAUUCACACUUUAAUGGGGAAACUUAAGGCACAUUUAAGGAUGUAUAUCUCAAGUUGUGUGUCAUGAUUUGGGGUUUGUAAUACUAUAAAUACUUGAUUUUAAUCUAACUUGAAGAUCAUUUAUAGAAAAUAAUGUUAUUUAAAUUUUUUCUAAACUUAUUUGUAACUUUUAUUACCCUUUAAAAGAUCAUUUUGUAAAAAACAAAUACAUUGUAUUCUUGUUUACAAUAUUAUAAUUCAAAAUUAGUGUAUGACUUACAGAGUUGUAUAAUCAUGUUGAUUCAAAUAUCUAAGCUUACUGCUUGGAUUUCUAAUGAAACCUAUUGAAUUUGAUGAUGUCAGAUGUUUCGCUGUAAAAAUUAGUUUAUGUUAUAGGUAAUGUUCUCUAUUAAAUAAAUGUGUAAUAGAAAACAGCAGAUAACAUAAAUAUCUAAGUACCAAAUUGAAGACAUUUGUUGUCCAGUGAUAAUUAUUUAAAUACUUCUGGAUUUUUAAUAAUAUAUAUGACUUUAAUUUUUACUGUGUGUAUACAUACAUGAUGGAAAUGAAUUAAAUAUUGAGUUCCUUA